AUGAAACAUAAUUUAACAAGUUUAAAUAUUUCGAGAAAUUGGAUUGGUGAGGAAGGAGCCAAGUAUAUUAGUGAACUAGAUAAUUUAACUAUUCUCGAUAUUCAUGGCAAUGAUAUUGUAGCAAAUGGAGCCAAUCAUAUAAGCAAAAUGAAAAGAAUAACCACUCUCAGUGUUGGAUUGAACAAUCUAGGUAAAGAAGGGACUAAAUAUAUCAGUGAAAUGAAACAAUUGACCAAUCUUGAAAUUAACAAUAACAAUAUUCAAGAAGAAGGUGCUAAAUUUAUUAGUGGAUUGAAACAAUUAACUGAACUCUCUAUUCAUUUCAACAAUAUUGGUGAUGUUGGAACAAAACAUUUAUCUGAAUUGAAACAAUUGACACGUCUUAAUAUUGGUGAAAAUAAUAUUGGUGAUGAAGGUGUCAAACAUAUUCUUGAAAUGAAACAAUUAACUGAUCUCGAUAUUAGCAACAAUAAUAUUCGUCACAAAGGAUCUGAAUAUAUCAGUGGAAUGAAUCAAUUACGUAUUCUUGAUAUAAAUAGUUGUAACAUUGACCCUAUUGGAGCUCAAAAAAUCAGCGAAAUGAAACAGUUAACUGACCUUAACAUUGCUUGGAAUCAAUUUGGUGAUGAAGGAGCUAAAUUUAUUAGUGAUAUGAAACAAUUGACUACACUUGAACUUUUCAACUGUGAUAUUUCUGACAUUGGAGCUAAAUGCGUUAGUGAGAUGAGCAAAUUGACCAAUCUUGAUAUUGGUGAGAACAAUUUAUCUGAUGAAGGAGUUAGAGCUGUUAGUAAUAUGAAAUUAAUGAUUCUCUCUGUUUCUUCAAGUAAAAAAGGCCAAGCAAAAAAGGACGCAAAUACCAUUGACGAAAUGAAUACUCAAAUUACACACGAUAACAAUUAA